CGGGCGGCCGGGAAUGCGAAGCGAUGGCCGCGGGCGGCUCGGGCAACGGCGGCGGCGGCAGCGCGGAGGAGAAGACCUACCGCCGCUUCCUCGAGCUGUUCCUGGGAGAGUUCCGAGGGCCCUUCGGGGCAGAGCCGGAACCCGAGCCGGAGCCCGAGCCGGAGCCGGAGCCGACGGCCCCCGCUCCCGCUGCCGAAGCCGCGGGAGACGCUGACGAGGAGCCCGGGGCAGAGGGAGAAGCGGGAGCGGCCGCCGAGGCGGAGGAGGGAGAAGGCGGCGAGGGCGAUGCCGGCGACCCUCAGCCGCCCGCCCCGCCGCCGCCGCCCCCGCCGCUGCCCUCACUGCCCCGGCCGCUCUCGGAGUACAUCACGGAGGAGGAGGUGGAGGGCGAGUGCCUGGACCUCUGCCUGCAACAGCUCUACAAGUAUAAUUGCCCCUCAUUCCUGGCCUCUGCUUUAGCCAGAGCCACUUCAGAUGAAGUCCUGCAGAGCGACCUCUCGGCGCAUUUCCUACCCAAGCACGUGGACAACGCCGACGGCAUCAUCCAGAUCGAGACGGUGAAGUUGGCCCGUUUAGUGUACAGCAAACUGCACGAGAUCUGCAGCAGCUGGGUGAAAGAUUUCCCCCUGCAGCCCAAGCCCCACCGCUACUACGAGACCUCCAUCCACGCCAUCAAGAACAUGCGCAGGAAGAUGGAGGACAAGCACGUCUGCAUCCCUGACUUCAACAUGCUCUUCAACCUCGAGGACCAAGAAGAACAAGCUUAUUUUGCAGUGUUUGAUGGUCAUGGAGGAGUGGAUGCUGCCAUCUAUGCCUCCAUCCACCUGCACGUGAACAUGGUCCACCAGGAGAUGUUCCAGCAGGACCCGGCCGAGGCUCUGUGCCGAGCCUUCCGCGUCACCGACGAGCGCUUCGUGCAGAAGGCAGCCAGGGAGAGUCUGCGCUGUGGAACCACCGGGGUGGUGACUUUCAUCCGAGGGAAUAUGCUGCAUGUGGCUUGGCUGGGGGACUCCCAGGUCAUGCUUGUGAGGAGAGGCCAAGCUGUGGAGCUGAUGAAACCCCACAAGCCAGAUCGAGAGGAUGAGAAGAAGCGAAUCGAGGCCCUGGGCGGCUGCGUGGUCUGGUUUGGAGCCUGGAGGGUGAACGGGAGCCUCUCUGUCUCCAGAGCUAUUGGGGAUGCUGAGCACAAGCCAUACAUCUGUGGGGACGCAGACUCUGCCUCCACGGUGCUGGAUGGCUCUGAAGACUACCUCAUUCUGGCCUGUGAUGGCUUCUACGACACAGUCAACCCCGAUGAGGCGGUCAAAGUGGUGGCUGACCAUCUGAAGGAGAAUAAUGGUGACAGCAGCAUGGUAGCACAUAAAUUGGUGGCAUCUGCUCGGGAUGCCGGCUCCAGCGACAACAUCACGGUCAUCGUGGUGUUCCUCAGGGACAUGAACGCGGCGGUCGCGGUCAGCGAGGAGUCGGACUGGACGGAGAACUCCUUCCAAGGGGGGCAAGAAGACAACGGGGAAGACAAGGAGAACCAUGGAGACUGCAAACGGCCCUGGCCCCAGCACCAGUGCUCAGCUCCUGCAGAUUUAGGCUAUGAAGGACGAGUGGACUCCUUCACCGACAGAACUAGCUUAAGCAUAGGGUCCAGCGUUAACCCCUUGGAUGAUCAAGGCUAUUUAGACCUGACAAAAACAGAAACUAGUACACCUCAGAGUGCCAAAUGUCUGCCACCAGUCCAAGCGUUUAGUCCUGGCAUACCAAAGAGUGCGGGUUCGAUCGGCAGCUCCCCGGAGAAGAGCGAGUUCGCGGAGCUCAGCGCGUCCUGGGGCUGCGGGCGGAGCGAUCGCAGGGGGGACGCCCCUCUGAGCUCGGGGGCUGCAGGGCAGGGCACCUACAGGGUCAGGGGCUUAUCCCCCGUCUCCUUCGGGCUGGAAGAUGAACUGUUCCAAUCCUUGGGAAAAAGAGCUGCGUUCCCUCAUUUCCGGCUCUGCAACGGGAAGAGGCGGCGAGGAGCCAGGCUCAAACCAAAGUUUCACACGCCGCUCUGGGCUCAGGAGCCUUCCCAGGGAGAAGGAUCCGGCCUGCCCUUCCCUGCCCGGGGCCGCAGGAGCAGGAGGGCGUUGGCCCGACCCUCCCCGUGGCGGAGGCUGCCCAGCCACGGCUCUUACAGCGAGUGUUUGAUUCGAAGACAAAGUCAUUGUAUACCAGACCCACACCUUCAUCAAUGCUGUAAAAUGUAACCACCCCCUCGUGUUCCCCUGUCAGACUCCCAAAGUAGACAUUCCCAAAAUAAAACUGGCAUCAUCAGAAAGCGGAAAAAAAAAAAAAAAAAAAAAAAGAGGUGGGCAUUUCCGAACUGUACUCAGUCCCCUGCCAAGCUCAACCCCUGUGUAAAUAGAACUAGGAAUUAACCAAUGUAGUCGUUUGGAUCUCUAACAAAGUUUGGUGGUGGUGCCACCCCCAGCAAUGCCGCAGCCGCCCGACCACCCGCACACACGAGUGUCCAGCCACAUCCAGCAGGGAGAGCCCAGCAGCCGCUGCACGUGGACAGACAACGCCAGGGCACGGUCCUUACACACGCAGAAGGUUGCACCUGCCUGAGAAAUGUCUGUGGAGCAAUACUCAAAGAACGAUCUGGGUUAGAACUGCCAAAUUUUUUUAGAGCGGGGGGAAGUUUCCUUAGAGUCGAGGUGUGGGGUUUUUUUGGGUUUUUGUUUUUCCUUUCGUGUUCUGCUUUCUGUUUGUUCCAGGUGAGCGUUAAGAUGAAUUAGAGAAUUACAUCCACUUUUGCAGGUAGACGACUAAAAGCCAUACAGGGUUUACCAGGUACCUUAGGAAUGGACACACUAAGCUCCUGCUGCUCUGGUCUCAGACUCCCAUCGAGGUACAGACUCAUCAUUUACCUUUUUUCUUUUUCCAUGUAAUAUAAAAUGCAGAGUAUGAAGAAAGCUUUUCUUGCAGUUAAAAAUAUAAUAUUUCCUAUAGCUGGAGGUGCAGUGUAGGGAAUUUCAUAUCUUUCUGGUGCUUUUCGUGGCAUUUUUCUCAUUUCUCAGUUUAGGAAAUUGUUCUCAAUGAGUUGAACAUGACUGUGCUUAAUGCUUUGAGCCAACCUCUUCCCACCUUAACUUCAUCUCAGGUCUUAAAAGAACCCAACCCGUGGAGGUGUCCAGUCCCACCCUCUGUCCCCGCCCGUCCCAGCGGAGAUCAGGAGCUGUUGGAUGAGCUGUGUGGUUCUGGUGAGGAUUCCCAGGUGGCAAAGGCAGCAUUUCACAGCCAGUGGCAGCAGGAAGGACGCAGCACCAGGGCUGCGUGUUCAGGUGUGUAGGGAAGGAUGCCGGAGCAAUCCAGAGGGGAUGCAAAUGCCGAGGAUGCAGCAGAGCAGGGGCUGCGCUGGGGCUUCAGCGGAGAGAGAGGAACUCAGUGCCCGGGCAGAGCUCUGCUCCGGCUGCCCCGGGCCCAGGAGGGCCAGGGAGGAACUCGGCUGCCCUUCUUUGCAAAAGCAGCGGCCACCAGCCCCUCCCCGCUCCCGAGGUGAGGUCACGCCCUUAGGGGAGCCGCUAAUUGGGACGUAAAAAAGCGGCCGAUUCCCAUCAGCUCCACUAAGUCCAGAUCCCGUUCCUACCCUUUGUUACAGCGAUGCAUUGGGAGGAGGAUGAACAAAAUAAGUCUUCAUAGGCACUUAGCGAACAACUCAUAUCAUUUUAGCAGUAACAAUAGCAGUAUUAGUGUUUAGCUAGAAUUUGCAAAGUAUUUUAAUAUUAAAUAGUCAAGAAAAUUAUUCAACAUGACAAGAUGGCGAGGCUUGAAUUCUGCCAAUUUCCUCUGCUUCUCUCUUUGAUGCACUAUUUUAAAAGCAAUCUGAUGAACAGCAAAAGGCUUUGUGAGCAACCAGGAGUUGGAGUGUGGCUUUAGAUUCCUUUGAUCUUUUUCAGACUUUGUUUUAAUCUUACGGGAUCAUUGGCUCUUAUCUGCCAUCUUAUUCUGCCUUAGCUGUUGUCAAGGUUCUCUUUAGCUGCAGCUUCUGUUCCAAGUCAGAUUUACCGAGGAAAUUUGAGAAACCAUGAAAUGGUAAAAUAUGCAACUCUGGGGCAUCUCUGCGGUGCCUUUGUUUUAAAUUAUUCACAGUAAUAAUGACUCACUGAAAGUCCAUCUUUAGCUGUCAUCUUCUGGAGAGAAAGGUGGUGUAAGUGCAAUUCUUGAUGUGAGUAAAUUAGAAUGCAAACCCGUCACGGAUGAUAAAACUUCUUCCCAGUCUGCAGGAGCAGUUGAAGAGCACUGGACUGCAUGUGUGCUGUUUUGGGAAGGAUCUAGCUUUUUUAGGUGUGGAUU